CGCGCCGCCACCGCAUCAUCAGUCCGCGUCGGAGAGCUGCUCGCGUUACCCGCGUGCGCCCGAUCCCUCAGAUACGCUGCUGGUUUACGGCGUGCCGUAACACGACACGUUUGGAGGGACCGCCGCAUUUACGUCUGUGCCUAGUGCUCUGUGAACACUGGAUACUGUGCUACAAGUGUUGUGAAGAUGUAUAUGUGCUGAAUUGUCCAAAAUUCGUCUGCCAACUCCAAGGAUUUUGACGACACGUCCAGUUCCGGACCAGCUCAGCCGAUUGUCGUAAUGAAAGUGGUCAGCUUACAACUGCCAUCGGGGCCCAGCAUGGAGCGCUUGCCGCUACCAUUCAGCCCAACUGAACUCCUGUGGCGAUACCCACUACCGUGGGCUCCGCCACCUCCGUCGCCCUUGGGCGACACUAAAGCUCAGCUACCCGCUGGCUUACCUCCCGAACCCAGAUUGUGGACGAGGGAAGAUGUCGCUGUUUUCCUCAAGUGGUGUGAAAGAGAAUUCGAUUUGCCCAACUUCGACAUGGAUCUCUUUCAAAUGAAUGGAAAGGCCUUGUGCCUUUUAACAAAGACGGAUUUGGGCGAACGCUGUCCUGGAGCUGGCGAUGUUUUACACAACGUCCUGCAAAUGUUGGUUCGCGACGCGGCGCUUUUGGGCAGAGUUCCUUCUUCGCCAGUAACUCCCACUGCCCGCGCUGCGCCGUACCCCCCUUCCCCUCACUCUCACCCUCCGACGCCCACAUGGGCCGUCGAUGGGUUUCACCACUUCCAUAACGCAGCAGCUGCCGCCGCCGCCCAACCUAACUCCGUGACCUUAAGCCCCGCACCAUCUGUCGAUAGCUCAGGAAGCCCGCAAAGAGGAGAGCCGGUCACAUAUGCUCCAGCGUACCCGCCUCAAGUGCAACCCUCAGCGCAGCCUAGCUCAGGAAGCAAUCACUCUGACUCUGAUGAAGAAGGACAAUUUGCUCCAAACCCACGUUCACCUAAGGAUGCGCCUUUGGCCAGCCCAGCGCCACAAUCGCACCCGGCGCAGCAACAUUCGCACUACCGGGCGCAACAUAGAGAAUUUUUCCCAAGCGACAUGCCCGAAUCUAACACAAAUGGACGACUAUUGUGGGACUUCCUGCAACAACUUCUCAAUGAUCCUACGCAGCGAUAUACAAAUUAUAUUGCGUGGAAAAACAGAGAAACUGGAGUUUUCAAGAUCGUGGACCCGGCUGGACUUGCAAAAUUAUGGGGCAUUCAGAAGAACCAUCUUUCGAUGAACUACGAUAAGAUGUCUAGAGCUCUACGUUACUAUUACCGCGUCAACAUACUCCGGAAAGUGCAGGGCGAACGGCACUGUUACCAAUUUCUCCGAAAUCCUACAGAACUGAAGAACAUUAAAAAUAUCUCUUUGUUGCGGCAACAAAUGAGCCCAACCCGGGUAGCUGCGCCACAAGCCGUCGUGAAAACGGAGAUGAAGGAGGAGCGUUGCGAAGAGGAGCCAGUCGAUGAGGAUAUGCCGACUGACUUGAGUAUGGCAGCAUCAGAGCCAUGGCGGAAGCGCGCACGGCCUGAACCCUCGCCUAUUGCUUCGCCUCACGAUAAGCACCGCAUUAGCGCGCUCAUCGGUGACACCAUGAUGCAUAAGAGGGAGUCAGAGUACAAUGCUGAACACUUCGCGCUCAACCUCAAAAGUGAAAAAUGUGAACAAUGAUCAUCAACGCGGGACACUUUGUAGUGCGAUGCGCUGUGCAUUUACAGUGUAAACAGCUCCAACCACUAAAGUUCUAGUCAAUAUCCUCUCAGGUAGCAUAAUUUACGUCUUCCUCAAAAAUCACAUAGAUGAGAUUUUAUAUGUUGUUACAAAACUGAGAGAACUUUGACAGAUUUAGCAUGGUCAAUGGAGUUCAACAGGGUAUGGACCUCAUAUGCCUUUGUGCCAAGUGGUUUAUCUAAUAGUGUCAAUUAACAAAGUAUGUACCUAGUUAACAAAAUGGGACAAGAGUUUAUUUGUGUUGAAGAUAUAGACUGUUUUAAUAAUUUGUGCAAUGGACCAUUCACUCAACUGUUGACUCAUGACUGAGAAAUAGCAUAACUCAUUGCCAGAAGUCAAUAUCCAUUUAUGUGUGUGUGUUUGUGUGUACGCGUGCUCCGCGCUCAUUGAUGCAUUUUGUAAUUUAAUUAGUUGUAUAUACUUAAAUAUUCAUACUUGUAUUAAAUUGGCUAAAUAUUUAGCUCAAAACAUAAGUAGCAAAAAACUUAGAUUGUGUUGAGAUUUUUAACAUAUUAUUGAAUUACAGUCUUCCAUUGAAACAAAUUUUGGCAAAAAUUUCAAUUGUAGCAUGUGAAAACAAUUCAAAUUGUACAUACAUACCACAAACCCAAGUUACUAUUUGGUUUACAAUUUUAGGCAGCUUUGGUGAUUGUUACUAAUUUAAACUGGCUGCAUUCAAGAGCGAAGAGCAGAUGACUAUAACAAUGAACAAGCUAUACCUAAACAAAAUGCCUUGAAAUAAAAAAAACAUCCACUGUGAUAAAAACAAAAGUGGUAGACAUAGAAUGCUAGGGCUUUUACUCAAAGAUUUCCAGCUACAAUUUUCUGUGAUCUCUUUUAUCAAUGUAGGUAAAUGUCUUAGGGGGUAGACUAUAAGAAUUUGUAAAUAUUAUCCAAGUUAGAUUAUAUAAGUAAGAUAGAUUAAGGACUGACUGUAAAGAGAAUGUAUGUAUGAUUUGUAAAACAAAGUGGAGCUUUAUCAAAGUACCUAGUAU